AUGGCACCUCCGUCCCCCCUCUCGAAACAUCAGACCCAGCCUCCGCUGCGUCAGCUUGCUGCGGAGAAGCUGCACGGGAAGGGAAGCAAUCCGUCUCAGCUGGGAGACCCCAUAUCCCUCAAAGCCGAAACCUCAAACUCUUGGCCCACCGGAGGAAAUCCCUCAGCCCGUGGCGGAUCGACUGCCUUCUCUUUGAGUGAUGCAGCCAAGAGGACAAUGCUCGGAGAUCCAGUCAGCCUGAAGGCAGAAACGGUGGACACCGAGCCCGCCGACCAUGACAACGGGCCGUCUGGAAGCGGUGGAAGUGCGCAGAAGUCGAAGCUUUAA